AUGAGAAAUUCAUCUACGCAUCCUGCUAACGCCUUCGGCAACGAAGAUGCAAUAUCACUGCAAGACUUUAACCGGGUAAUCCAUAGUGCAUGCGAUAACGAGUAUCGCUCACGCGCAAAAAUGCAACCUUACCGAGAAGUCCGCGUUCUAUGCUUCCACUUCGAAACCGACCAAUUUGGAGUCGGCACAUAUUGCGAUAAGAUAAAAAAUGUCUUUUCACAAGGCUUUGGUUUCCGAGUGGCGACUUCGACACUCCCCGGCACAACCUUUGCCCAGCGAGAUAUGCUCACCGCACUCGAGGAGGCCUUCGAUGGUAUGGACUCAGAGUGCCUAGUGAUCAUCUACUAUAUCGACCGCGGCGAAGUUAGGCAUCAGCUUAGGGACGCUCAGCUUUAG